AUGUCGGUUGGCAACAACAGGACAGCAACUGUGGAAUGUGGGCCUCUCGGAUCCAAAGAGGCGUGCAGUGAUGGCACCGUCAUGCUCAUAUGUGAUCAGCAGAUCUUGCAGUCUCAAGGUGAUGGGCUGCACCCUGGUGUCUUGCAGCAGGGCAGAUCCAGGACAAGCUAUCAGACCCUGAAGAGCAGAAUGGUGACUCUAAAGAUGAACCAAGAGCCAAAAAGAUGUCAGUUCGCAUCAACAUUCAGCCCACACGCCUCCUUCUCACCACGGCAGAUCCUCACCAAAGCCUCAGCAGGGCGAAUGGAGGAAGCUGUUCUGCUCUUUCAACCAGGGAUUGUUACUGUAGAUCCAGAGUCUUCUAAGUCUCCAUCACACCCCAGUGUUACAGCCAAUCCACUCAGUCCUAUCAAUUUGCUAGGGUUUGUGAGCUCUGCCAACAGAGAUCAAGACAGCCCCAUCUUCCGACAGCUGCUCAGGAGGCCUCCACCAAGCCGGCAGCCUCAAAAGGUGAAGAUGUUCCUUCUGAGCCUGCGUUUCCAUACGGUGUUCUCCUCCCUGUACCUCUGUCUCCUUUUCUUUCACACCCUUCUGGGCAACGUGGGCGUGAUCACCGUGAUCCAUGCAGACCCACAGCUCCACACGCCUGUGCACUUCUUCCUGAGCGUCCUCUCCUUCCUAGAUUCCUCCUUCUCCACAGUAGUGGACACCCCCUUGCUACUGGGGAGCUUUCUCACCUCAGGCCAGUCCUUCUCCUUUGCAGGCUGUGUGGUGCAGAUGGCCCUCAUGACUCUGCAUGGCUCUGCAGGGUAUCUGCUAUUGGCCACCAUGGCCUGUGACUGGUUCUCUGCCAUCUGUCACCCUCUCCUCUACCUCACCGUUAGGUCGCAAUGUCUGUGUGUCCUGCUGGUGGCAGCCACUUAUAUUGCUUCUGUUGCUAAUUCAGCUUUGCUGACUGGGUGCAUCUUCAGGCUGCCCUACUGUGGCCCCAACAUCAUCAGCCACUAUUUCUGUGACAUUCCCCCUGGGUUCCACCUUGCCUGCUCCUAUGCCUGCAUCCUGGCAAGCAUCUAUAGGAUGCAUUCCCUAGUGGCCCAGAGCGAAGCGCUCUCCACCUGUGCCUCCCACUUCACCAUCACCUGCCUCUUCUAUGGCACUGUCACCUACAUGUAUGCUCAGCCAAGCUCUCUCCGUUCCAUGGAACAAAAAAAAAAGGUUGUGUCCAUCUUCUACACCAUCAUCAUCCCCAUGCUGAACCCUCCAAUCCAUAGCUUGAGGAAUAAAGAUGGGAAAGCUGCUUUUAAAAGGAGCUGCUUUGACAAGCUGCGUUCCUAA